AUGAAAAACUAUUCACAGGUUUCAUAUUUUAACCUCACUGCCUACUUCGACACUGGGACUUUGAAAUACAUGUAUUUUAUUCUAGUUCUGUCGUUAUAUCUUUCAGUCAUUGCUGCUAAUGUUCUUCUGAUUGUGCUUAUCUGUGUGAACAGGAGCUUACAUGAACCCAUGUACCUGUUUCUGUGCAGUCUGUUUGUGAAUGAACUGUUCGGUAGUUCAGCAGUGUAUCCAGUUCUUCUGCUUCAGAUCCUCAGAGACAUUCACACUGUUUCUGCUCCUUUUUGUUUCCUACAAAUUUACACCGGACACACUUAUGCAUGUGUAGAAUAUACUUUGUUAGCGAUCAUGUCAUAUGACCGAUACCUGGCCAUCUGUUAUCCUUUACAAUAUAAUCAAUGUAUGGCGUCUCAAAAGGUUUUCCUCCUGGUUGCUCUGUCAUGGUUUUACCCUUUUAUUUUGAUUAUCAUUUUAAUAUCAUUAUCUGCUCCUUUACAGCGAUGUGGAAACAUUAUUCAUAAAGUCUACUGUGACAAUUACUCUAUAGUUAAACUGGCCUGUUCUGACACCACAGUCAGUAACAUCUAUGGACUCCUCAUGACUGUUAUGGUAGUUUUUAUUCCCCUUUUUUUCAUCCUCUACACCUACAUGAGGAUCCUUAAAGUGUGUUUUUCUGGAUCUAAACAGACCAGACAUAAAGCUGUCAGUACCUGUACACCCCACCUGGCUUCAGUCAUUAACUAUUGCUUCGGGGUUUGUUUUGAAGUCUUUCAGAGCAGGUUUAAUAUGGACAAUGUGCCCAAUAUGUUGAGGAUAUUUCUGUCGCUAUAUUGGCUCACGUGUCAGCCACUAUUUAACCCUUUAAUGUACGGACUGAACAUGUCUAAGAUCCGUAUAAUAUGUAAAAAUCUCUUUCUAUUCAGAUUGAGUUAA